GAACGGGAGCCAAUGUGUGUGGGGAGGGCGGGCGCCCAGGGGAGAGCAACGCUGAGGGAGCAGGGCGGCAGGGCUGCUUGCUGAGAAGGAGGGAUCAGACGGGAAUCUCUUUAAUUUAUUGCUUGCUGAGUGUUCUGUCUGGUGAAAGUCAUGUCAUCCAUAUUGCCAUUCACUCCACCAGUUGUGAAGAGACUUCUGGGGUGGAAAAAAUCUGCUGGUGGCUCUGGAGGGGCUGCUGGUAGUGAGCAGAAUGGUCAGGAUGAAAAGUGGUGUGAAAAAGCAGUGAAAAGCUUGGUCAAGAAGCUAAAGAAAACAGGACAGCUGGAUGAGCUUGAGAAGGCAAUUACCACUCAGAAUUGCAGUACAAAAUGUGUGACAAUUCCAAGCACUUGUUCAGAAAUUUGGGGACUGAGUACACCAAACACGAUAGAUCAGUGGGAUACAACAGGCCUUUACAGCUUCUCUGAACAAACCAGAUCUCUCGAUGGCCGUCUACAGGUAUCUCAUCGUAAAGGAUUGCCACAUGUUAUUUACUGUCGUUUGUGGCGUUGGCCAGAUCUUCACAGUCACCAUGAACUUAAAGCAAUCGAAAACUGUGAAUAUGCUUUUAAUCUUAAAAAGGAUGAAGUAUGUGUAAACCCUUACCACUACCAGAGGGUGGAGACACCAGUCUUGCCUCCCGUACUAGUGCCACGGCACACUGAGAUUCUAACAGAACUGCCGCCUCUUGAUGACUAUACCCAUUCCAUUCCUGAAAACACUAACUUUCCAGCUGGAAUUGAACCACAGAGCAAUUACAUACCAGAAACACCACCUCCAGGAUAUAUCAGUGAAGAUGGAGAAACAAAUGACCAGCAGUUGAACCAAAGCAUGGAUACAGGAUCUCCAGCAGAACUGUCUCCUAAUAGUCUUUCUCCAGUUAAUCAUAGCCUGGACUUGCAACCAGUUACUUACUCGGAGCCUGCGUUUUGGUGUUCAAUAGCAUAUUAUGAAUUGAAUCAGAGAGUGGGAGAAACCUUCCAUGCAUCCCAGCCUUCCCUGACUGUAGAUGGCUUUACAGAUCCAUCCAAUUCAGAACGAUUUUGUCUAGGUUUGCUUUCCAACGUAAACAGAAAUGCUACAGUGGAAAUGACAAGGCGACACAUAGGAAGGGGAGUACGUCUCUAUUACAUUGGUGGAGAAGUUUUUGCUGAGUGCUUAAGUGAUAGUGCAAUUUUUGUUCAGAGCCCCAACUGUAAUCAGAGAUAUGGCUGGCAUCCUGCAACUGUGUGCAAAAUUCCACCAGGAUGCAAUCUAAAAAUCUUUAAUAACCAAGAAUUUGCUGCUCUUCUGGCUCAAUCUGUGAAUCAAGGUUUUGAAGCAGUUUAUCAGCUUACUAGAAUGUGUACCAUAAGAAUGAGUUUUGUUAAAGGAUGGGGAGCUGAAUACAGGCGGCAAACAGUAACAAGCACUCCUUGCUGGAUUGAACUUCAUCUGAAUGGACCUCUACAAUGGUUGGACAAAGUAUUGACUCAGAUGGGCUCCCCUUCAGUACGCUGCUCCAGCAUGUCGUAAAACUCCUUCCUCUGUUACCCGUGGGCUAAAUAUCAAGGCUAAUCAACAGACUUAAUAUAACACCUCGUCUGUCAUAGUAUUUGUGUGUGGUCCCCAUGAACUGUUUACUAUCUAAAAAGGUUUUUAAAAAAGAAAAACAAAAGAAAAACAGCACUUGAGGUCUCAGCAAUUAAAGCACCUUGUGGAUUCUGUUUCCUAUACUCUGCUACUAGAUGAAAAUUUAGUGUAUAGAAAUGCCUUCUUCAGAAAGAAGAUGGGACUGUUCUCAAGACUCUUAAUGGUGUUUUUACUGGGUAUAUAAUUGAGUGUCCUAAUGGUUUAUCAAUAACAUGAAUAACUAAGUAUAUUUACAGGUAAUGCAUCAUGAUCUCAAAUAUCACAGUAUUCUGCUGUUCUACAUUCUAGUUCCCAUAAAUAGUUGCUUGGGUUUUUUUGAUUUGGGUAAAUCUCUUAUAAAAUUCCAAGACUCUACUCCCUUAUUCUUUUAUACUUUUUUAUAUAAGCAGAUUUUUGAGUUGUCCUAAACAUAAAAAGCUCAACUUUGUGCUGCCUUCUUAAAGAAAAAGAAAAUCCCUCAAUUGGAAGGGAAAGAAAUGUCUUGAGAUUCAUCUAUGAAAUUUUAAGACACUGUAUACUUAACAGGGCCUAAAUCAAUUCAUAUUAUAAAUUCCAAGUAUCCAUCACACUGAGAAUCUACUUUUCCCUACCCAUCUGAGUUGAUGAAUCUGGUGCCAGCAUUAUUGCUGGCAAUGGUGUAAUUUCAGACAUUUUUGUUUACCUUGAAUCAUUGAAGUCAGUGGUUUUUUUCUCAUGGAAUGAGAAUUUAUUGUAGCAUUGGAUACUGGAUUAAGUACACAAGGUUAUUGACUUACCCCUUAUAUCUGUAUUUUUCAUUGAACAGAUGUCACUAAAAAUUGUGGGGUUUAGUUUUUAGAGCUAAAUACCUUGAAAAACUCUUUCCCAAGGUAAAGUACUCUUUCAUAUAGGUUUUAAAUAGAUGCAUCUUCUUAAUAUAUUUCAGUAACAGAUUUUAAAUUUCUGAUCUGUGUGGCUUUGUAUAGCUUACUUGUAUACCAGAUCAGACACAUUCAUUAUGUCCUAAUGGGUCUUGUUAUUAAAAGUAGUUGGUUUUGCAAAACCUCUAGGAUAGUGGUUGCUGAGGUAUGACCAGCAAAGGAGGACUUCUAGGUUCUUUGUGACGGUGCAUGUUAUUGUGAACCCUUGGACACUACAGCUGCACCAUAAUAAAAAUAUUCUGAAAUAUAUUCUACAAAUAAGUCUAGGUUGGGGAUGGGUUGGGAAGCUAUAUAGAAGGGUUAUUCUGAGUUGAAAAAUAUAUAUCUUACUAACGAGCUUUGUGAUCUAGCUGUCUGUCAUUCUUUUGUUAUUGUGGCAGUAGCGGGAUUGUCUUUGUCUCUUUCCCAUUGUUUCAUCCAUUACACUAGCACUGUACUUUGUAAGUACAGCUAGUGAUAGCUUUUAGAACAAAAAUGGGGCCAGUGUUACAGCUUUUAAUCUUUUAACUGAAUUGACAAUAGUGAUGGAUAUUUUUAUGCCAAAAUGACUAGGGCAUAGAAGCAAUACCAAAAAUCAAGCCUUGAAAAAGUGGGACGGACACCUUUCAAAAAUUGGCAAAGAAGUUACCAAUUUAUGCUAGUUUUACCACUAGACUAAUGUAUUGGUAGAACUUGUGAACCUAAGAAAUAAGCUUCAUGUGUGUUGCAUUUGCCUAACAUGUGAAUACACUAAUAAAACUUUUAAUUCCCA